GCCGCCAGCCCAGGCCCGGGGCCGGCACUAACCCAGGGCUGCUGCGGGCCACGGGCCCCGGCCCCGGGCGAGCGGCUCCCAGUGUGCGGCGGCCGCCCCGGCGGCUCACCAUGCCGGCCAAGCAGCAGCGCUUCCAGGAGCCCGAGGUUGGCUGCUGCGGAAAAUACUUUCUGUUCGGUUUCAACAUUGUCUUCUGGCUGUUGGGGGCUUUGCUACUGGUCAUUGGCUUGUGGGCCUGGGGAGAGAAGGGUGUCCUGUCCAACAUCUCCUCACUCACGCACCUGAGUGGCCUGGAUCCCGUGUGGUUCUUUGUGGUGGUCGGAGGUGUCAUGUCUGUGCUGGGCUUUGCCGGCUGCAUCGGGGCCCUUCGGGAGAACACCUUCUUACUCAAGUUUUUCUCAGUGUUCCUCGGCCUCAUCUUCUUUCUGGAGCUGGCCACAGGAAUCCUGGCCUUUGUGUUCAAGGACUGGAUUAGAGACCAGCUCAAUUUAUUCAUCAACAACAACGUCAAGGCCUAUCGUGACGAUAUUGACCUGCAAAACCUCAUCGACUUUGCUCAGGAAUAUUGGUCGUGCUGUGGAGCCCGAGGGCCCAGCGACUGGAACCUCAACAUCUAUUUUAACUGCACUGACUGGAACCCCAGCCGUGAGCGCUGUGGGGUGCCCUUCUCCUGCUGUGUCAAGGAUCCUGCGGAGGAUGUGCUCAAUACCCAGUGUGGCUAUGAUGUCCGGCUCAAACUGGAACUGGAGCAGCAGAGCUUCAUCCACACUAAAGGCUGCGUGGGCCAGUUUGAAAAAUGGCUUCAAGACAACCUGGUUGUGGUGGCUGGGGUCUUUGUGGGCAUCGCCAUGCUUCAGAUCUUCGGCAUUUGCCUGGCCCAGAAUCUUGUGAGUGACAUCAAUGCAGUGAAAGCCAAUUGGUGAGGCCGUGCAGGGUGAUUGGAGCCUGCAGCCUCCGGGCCCGGAGGGCGCCCCGGCCAGGCUGUGCGGAUGAGCUCGGGGAUGACUCAGCAGGCCCACCUCGAGGGGCCCCCACUCGGCACUCCUGGGUCAUCCCAGGCGAGCGGGGCCACAGGGAGGGUAUUUAUAUUAGGUGCGCGGAAUGGGGGUGGGGCACGUGUCUAUGCUGGGGCGACGGAAGGGGUGCAGCCGCCUGUUCCUUCCCCUGGGCACUGCCCAGAGUCCGGAGAUGAUGAUGAGGACUUCUGGGGUGGCUGGUCGUCCUGGAAACAGCUCCGAGUAACAAGGGGUAGGGGGUAGAAUAAAAGGUUCUAAAUUGG